UGAAUGGGGCUAUGCUAUGGGGUCACAGUUCAAUGCCGGAGGCACUGGGUUGUAACGCAAAUGCGUUAACCAGUCAGGGUAAUUUCUGUUGCUGUGUAAGUACAGACAAUGUCGCGUUUCUCGUGGUUCAGCUUGUUGGCGUUAAUCUGUGCUGUAGUCCUUGGGAUCUACUGGAACUACGAUGGCUUCGAUCCAGAGUCUCUGCGGGGGGCAACUGUCGUCAUCACUGGCUGCAGUACCGGUAUCGGCGAAGAGAUGGCGUACCAGUACGCCCGGCUGGGAGCAAAGAUCCUCAUCACAGCCAGGAGGGAGAACAGGCUGAAGGAGGUGGUAGCGAAGGCUGUGUCUCUGGGAGCCCAGGAGGCGCACUACGUGGCCGGGGACAUGGGGAAGGCGGAGGACUGUGAGAGAACCAUUCAAACAGCCAAGGAGAAAUUCGGUCGGCUGGACUAUCUGGUGCUGAACCAUCUUGGGUCAAACUUCGGGUCUUUUCAAGACAAAUUCUUCAAUGGGAAGUCUUGGGACCAGGACCCGGAUGUGGACUUCUUCGAGGACUUCUUAAACAUCAACCUGAUCAGUUACGUGCGGCUGGCCUCCCUGGCCCUGCCUCUGCUGAAGGCGAGCAGCGGACAUCUCGUGGUGGUGUCCUCUGGUUUCGGUAAGAUGUACUUUCCAAACGUGAGCUUCUACUGCUCUGCCAAGUUCGGCCUGGACGGGUUCUUCAGCUCGCUCCGUGUGGAACUGAUGAAGGCAGGGCAGGACGUGUCCGUCACUCUCGCCGUGCUGGGGUUCAUCGCGACACCGAAAAUGGCGGAAAAGUUGCAGGAUGUACCAGACGGUGAGAAAGCACUGGAAGGUGCCGCUCCCAUCGGCGAGACUGCCCAGGCCGUUAUACGGGGAGGGGCGACCCGCGCCCGGGAGGUCUACUAUCCCUUCUACACCUGGGUUAUGGCUAAACUCCCCGGGCUUGUGCCGCAAUUCGUGGACUACAUAGGUGUCAGGGUUAAUAUGCUACCGGAAAGUUAAUGAUUUAGUAACUUGUAAGUUAACGAUUUUGUUACUUGUAAGUCAAUGAUUCUGUUACAAAGGUCUACUAUCCCUUCUACACCUGGGUUAUGGCCAAACUCACCGUGUUAGUGCCGCGGGUCGUGGACUACAUUGGUGUCAGGGUUAACAUGCUACCGGAAAGUUAAUUAUUUAGUUACUGUUAUGUUAACGAUUUAGUUACUGGUAAGUUAAUGGUUUGGUUACCAGGAAGUUAAUGAUUUAGUUACCUAGCAGUUAAUAAAUCAGUUACAUAUAAGUUAAUGAUUUGCCUUGGGACUAUAA